AUGUCGGAGACUGCUCCAGCCGCUCCUGCUGCCGCCCCCCCGGCGGAAAAGGCCCCGGUAAAGAAGAAGGCGGCCAAGAAGCCCGCGGGGGCGCGCCGCAAGGCGUCUGGCCCCCCGGUGUCAGAGCUGAUCACCAAAGCAGUUGCUGCCUCUAAAGAGCGUAGCGGGGUAUCUUUGGCUGCACUGAAGAAGGCGCUGGCAGCCGCCGGCUACGACGUGGAGAAAAACAACAGUCGCAUCAAGCUUGGUCUUAAAAGUCUGGUGAGCAAGGGCACCCUGGUGCAGACCAAGGGUACCGGUGCUUCCGGGUCCUUCAAGCUCAACAAGAAGGCGGCCUCUGGGGAAGCCAAGCCCAAGAUCCGGAAGUCUGGCGCAGCCAAGCCCAAGAAACCCGCGGGGGCAGCCAAGAAGCCCAAGAAGGCGACCGGAGCCGCCACCCCGAAGAAAAGCGCCAAGAAGACCCCAAAGAAAGCGAAGAAGCCGGCCGCAGCUGCUGUGACCAAGAAAGUGGCCAAGAGUCCGAAGAAAGUUAAGGUUGCCAAGCCCAAGAAGGCCACCAAGAGUGCUGCCAAGGCCGUGAAGUCCAAGGCCGCCAAGCCCAAGGUAGUCAAGCCCAAGAAGGCCGCACCCAAGAAGAAGUAAGCGAACGUCUGCUUCUAAAACCCAAAAGGCUCUUUUCAGAGCCACCACUGAUCUCAAAAGAGAGCUGAGUAUUUU